CGGAGCCAGGGAAACGCGGGAAGGAGGGGCGGGGCCUCGGCGGGCCGUCUGGAGCCGUGGGGGAGGCGGCAACAUUGUUUCAAGUUGGACAAAUUGUCAAGGGCUGAGCUCGGCUUGCGUUCCAUACCGAGCUGGGGCUGCCGUGCUCACCGGGGCCCCCCGGUCCUCCGCCCCGAGUGUUGGGCCCGUUUCCUUCAGGGUUCCCGGGCCCCGCUCCCGGGGGCCUGAGCCGCCUCACUAGCGCUCCAUGGAGAACUUCCAAAAGGUGGAGAAGAUCGGAGAGGGCACGUACGGGGUGGUGUACAAAGCCAAAAACAAGUUGACGGGGGAAGUGGUGGCGCUUAAGAAAAUCCGGCUCGACACUGAGACUGAAGGUGUACCCAGCACUGCCAUCCGAGAGAUCUCUCUGCUUAAGGAACUUAAUCACCCUAAUAUUGUCAAGCUGCUGGAUGUCAUCCACACAGAAAAUAAGCUUUAUCUGGUUUUUGAGUUUCUGCACCAGGACCUCAAGAAGUUUAUGGAUGCCUCUGCCCUCACUGGCAUCCCUCUUCCCCUCAUCAAGAGCUAUCUGUUCCAGCUGCUCCAGGGCCUAGCAUUCUGCCAUUCUCACCGAGUCCUACACCGAGACCUGAAGCCCCAGAAUCUGCUUAUCAACACAGAGGGGUCCAUCAAGUUGGCAGACUUUGGACUAGCAAGAGCCUUUGGAGUCCCUGUUCGUACCUAUACUCAUGAGGUGGUGACCCUGUGGUACCGAGCACCUGAAAUCCUUCUAGGCUGCAAGUACUACUCCACAGCUGUGGAUAUCUGGAGCCUGGGCUGCAUCUUUGCUGAAAUGCACCUAGUGUGUGCCCAGCACCAUGCUAAGUGCUGUGGGGAGCACAGAAGAAAUGGAAGACACAGUCUCUGCCCGCUGUGCUCCUAUCUAGAAGUGGCGGCACCACAAGGAGGGGGGAUGACCGCAGUGUCUACCCCAUACCCCGUGACCCGACGGGCCCUGUUUCCUGGAGAUUCUGAGAUUGAUCAACUCUUCCGGAUCUUUCGGACUCUGGGGACCCCAGAUGAGGUGGUUUGGCCAGGAGUUACUUCUAUGCCUGAUUAUAAGCCGAGUUUCCCCAAGUGGGCUCGGCAAGAUUUUAGUAAAGUUGUGCCUCCCCUGGACGAAGAUGGACGGAGCUUGUUAUCGCAAAUGCUUCACUAUGACCCCAACAAGAGGAUUUCAGCCAAAGCGGCCCUAGCCCACCCUUUCUUCCAGGAUGUGACUAAGCCAGUACCCCACCUCCGACUGUGAUGUCCUUCCCAAAGCCCUCCUCACCCUUGGUCUGACUUGACUCUGGGCCUUUAGGACACACACAGGUCAGCCUGCUCUUCUCUGGCUGUCUUAGCACUCACUUUUUCUCUUGGCCAGCCAGUUCUGGGGAUUCAGAGGUGCAGGGAAAGAUGAGACGAAAGGAAAAAGUCCUGGUAUUAGAUGCACUUAACCCGGCUUCUACCACCUCUCCCUGUAGUCAUUACCGAGGAGGAUUGGUACUCAAAAGAAAACAAAACCGACCAUUCUCUGCCCCGCCUCCAUGUCAAGUUUUACCAUCCCAGUCUUAGACUGUCAUAAUUAUUGUGUCCCAUGUUUAGGAAAACACACCCCGGAGUUCCUGCUGCCACUGUUUUGUAAAGGCCAACCGAUAAGCAGAAAUCUCAGUUGGGACAUUUCAGAACCAAGCAUCAGGGGUCUGUUUUAAUGAGUUAGAUUAAAAAAAAAAAAUAGAUCCAAACAGUUUAUACCUUAGUUUUAGUGUUUGGCCUCACCUGACAAUCAAGGAGGCCCACCUGGAGAAGCAGAAGAAAUGCUUCCCUUCAGUGUUCUGUCUACCUUCUGCAGGGAACAAGAGUCAGGAGGGGGCGGGGAUUGGUCUGUUCACCGUGGUCUCACAAGGCGAGGUGAAAGACACUGGAGUUUUUCUUUUAGCAAUUUUAUUGUUUUCUGGUGCUGACAGCUGAACCCAGGACCUGGCCCUCACUAAGCAAAUGCACCACCAAUGAGCCAGAUUUCUAGCCCUUUUUGAGUUCCUCAGUUGUCAGAGGUCCCAGUGGCCAUCUUCCUCUGUCACU